AAGAACCCUAACCUUAAUGGGCCUACGCCCUUCCCCUAACAACGGCAAUCAAGACGACUCAACCAGAAAAUCAUUUGGGAGAAGAAUCCCCGUCGACUUCAACCCAAACUAUGACCUCCAAAACCCACUCCAAACGCUUAAUCUUGGUAGCAGUCGUAGCAGUCUCUGCUUCCACUGCCAUCUCUGUUUUUAUAUGGAGAAAGAUUAAAGGGUUAGAGAGAUCUUUGAACUCUGCUUUACAAAAAUGUGCUGCAGAGAGACAAGGUCGUAUCAGAGCUCAACAGGCUUUGAGGGAAGCUUUAGCACAACCCCACUCUGAAAAUGUAGAACAUACGUCUUAUCCCAUGGCUUCUAUUGGUGUAGUUCAUUCUUGCUUCUCUACGAGAAAUGGGACACCAAGGCAACCUUUAAUUGUUCCUCUUGCUAGGGCUUGUUUGGUGUUUGAUGCAUCUCGUGUUCCUCCAGCUUCCCUUGAGGGUCUUGGAGAAUAUUCUCAUUGCUGGAUUAUAUAUGUGUUCCAUUUAAAUACAGAUCUGGAGAAAUUAUGGAAGCAUCCAUCAAAAUCAAAAUUUAAGGCUAAGGUGAGAGUACCAAGAUUAAAAGGUGAAAGGAUGGGAGUCUUUGCUACACGUUCUCCACAUCGGCCAUGCCCUAUUGGCCUCACUGUUGCAAAGGUGGAGGCAGUGCAAGGAAAUAUGGUUCUGUUAUCUGGUGUGGAUCUGGUUGAUGGGACGCCUAUACUGGAUGUCAAACCAUAUCUUCCAUACUGUGACAGCAUUCACAGAGCAACAGUGCCAGAGUGGGUAAAGGUGGACAAUAUUUUAGCCAUUGCUUCUAUCAGCUUCUCUGAGGGAUUCUUUUCUACACUUGUUGAUUGUUGGGACAUUAUUGAAAAUAAGUCACUCUAUGCAUCACCUGAUGAGUUUCAGAGCUUAAUCAAAGAGGUACUUUCAUGGGAUAUCAGAUCAGUUUCCCAGCGAAAUCGGCCUCAUGAAUCCCUUAUUAAGAUGGGAAAUGGCAAUGCUUUAGGCAAUACUUCAGAUUUGGAUGACGAUCAAGAUGAAGAGCAAGUUCCUAUUCCUUCUGAGUGCAUAAUUUACCAUCUGAUCUUGGAAGGAGUGGAUGUCUCAUAUAGAAUUGACUUCAACGACAAUGUCAUUGUCGAAAAAGCAAAAAUUUCAUCUGAAUUCUCUAGUAGUAAUAGAAAUCGUUGCAACUACUUAAUGUGGAGAGAGCAACUAAAUUGAUUCAUUGUUUCAAACCCCUGUACUUGGAAAAGAAAGCUUCAACCUAUAAAUGCAUCUCCAAGAACAGAAACCAAGAACAUAUUGAAACUUUAGGUCUUGAAGUCAGUCUUGUUGGUGCAUGAUGGUAAAUUUUGUCAUAUCCCAACUCCUUGAUGCCUCUACACUGCAAACACCAAAGAUAAUAACCAGCCAAUGCUGCCAUGAAAAAGAUGGACUUGGUUUUGCAUUUUGGUCGACACAGAGACUUGGAUCUAAAACAGAGAUCUUCUACUUUUAUAACUUCUCUAACUGGCAAGCUCCACCGGUGUAAAAAGCAGCAUUAACUUCUGCUUAGCUGUUGAAUUUUUCAGCUGAUAGAUAAGAUCUCAUCUUUUUAUUUCCAAGACUGCAUUGUACUUUGUGUUACUACUAUCUAAUAUCGAGCUAGAACACCUUAUUGACUAGUCUCAACAACAAUAAGAGGGAUGUAUAAACAGUCAAAUGACAGAUAUAGCUAUUAGAAUAGGGUUGGAUGAAUGUGCUCCCUUUUAUAUACCGAAGUUGACUUA